GGUUGUGGUCUUUAAAGUUGAAAUAGAGUCUCUUCCGGAAAGGAGACAAAACGCAGAGAUAGAGAGCUACAGAGAAUCGUAACACCGCCGGUCGCUGCAAUCUCUCUCUAUCUCUCUCUCUCUAGAAAUUGCCGGUAUGGCAAAACGGUCGUCACACGCGCUCGUCAUGGCUGUGAUCGCUCUGUUCUGGGCGCGUGCAUGCACGGCGAAGGAGAGCGUGUACGACGUGCUCCCCAAGUUUGGGCUCCCCAGUGGUCUGUUACCGGACACCGUCACCGACUACACGCUCGACGAGGACGGUCAAUUCGUCGUCGUUUUGGCGAAGCCCUGCUACAUACAGUUUGAGUACCUUGUUUACUACGACAAAAAAAUCACCGGCAAACUCAGCUACGGCUCCAUCACGAAUCUGAAGGGCAUCGAGGUGCAGCGCCUUCUCCUCUGGUUCAACGUCGACGAGAUCAGGGUCGAUUUGCCCCCUUCCAACAGCAUCUACUUCCAGGUCGGCAUCAUCAACAAGAAACUCAACGUUGACCAGUUCAAGACCGUUCAUUCCUGACGCAAAUCACUCUCCUCCUCUUCUCCUUGCGCUCAACGCCGAAUUAAGCUUCCUGCCACGGUAGAUGAAAUUCCAAUGCUUCUGACAGAGUAGAUCCCGUUCCAAAAGUAUGGCAUAAUAGAACGACGUUUUAAGAUGUUACUGUGCCUCUAUUGCUCAGCUUAUAAUGUCAAAGUGUCAAAACUCAAACUGAGUAUGGUUUCUAUUUGUUUUUCACGGGAGACUUUUAUGAAAAUAUAUUAUGUACAUACUUAAGUUGAGACUUAAACUUCAAGUCUGUUGCAGAACUUUCUGUUUCUGAUCAGAUUUAAACGUGCUUAAUAAUGAAUGGCGAUGUCGGGUCUUUCAAAAGAAA